AUGAAUUCAUUUGAUUAUACUUAAAAUUAAGACAAAAAGUUAGAAAAGAGUAAGUAUAAGAUAAUAAAUGAAUAUAAAUUAAAAAAUUAAGAGAUAAGCAGUCUAAAUUUUAAUUCCCAUAAUUUGAUUCUGUUUGUUGGGAUAGGUAAAAAAAUAAAAAUUUUCAAAUUUGUUAAAAACUCUCUUUAAUUGAUAGGAAUUUAUCUUAACAAUAGAGAGCAUUUUUCUAAUAUAUAUUUGAUGAAAAUAUCAAAUUUGAUGAUUAGUGGAGAUUCAGAAGGUUAUUUAAAAGUUUUUUAAUUGAAUGAUAUGAAAUAAACUCGAUAUAUCUAAAAAUUCAAAGGCCAUUUUGCUUGUUUAUCAUGUAUUGCAAUGAGUAUUCAAGAAAAUGAAAUUAUCACUAGCAGCGUUAAUUCAACAAUCAAAUUUUGGAAUUAAAAAAAUAAUUGGAAAUGUUUCUAAACUAUAGAUAAACAUCGAGAUCUUCUUCUAGGUUUUAGCUUAAAUGAAUAAGGAAAUUAAUUAAUUUCAUAUGGAUUUGAUGAUUUUAUAUUAGUAAUAGAGAAAUCAAAAAAUAAUAAAUUAUGGUAAGUGAUAUAGAAAAUAAGCAAUAAAAUGAUUGAAGGAGGAAGAAUUUCAUUUAUUAGUAAUGUAUUAUUUUUCAUUUAACCAAAAUAAAAAGAUAUUAUGAUAGUUUAUAGUAAAAAAGAUAAUGAAAAAAUAUUUUCAUAUACUUCAGAAAUAAAAUUGUAAGCAAGUUCUUCUGGCCUUGAUUGUUUAUCUAAGUAACAAUUUUUGAGAUCUAAAUUAUUACUGAUAACUAAAUUAGGAUAGUAUGUGAAUUGUAUUAGAUUAAAUGAAGAUGGCAGUGUUAUAUUUUAAGAUUAUAAAGAUUUAGGUAAUUCAAAUUUUAAAGUUUUAUUAACUGAUGAUGCAAAUUAUUUGUUUGUGGCAAAUAAGGAUUUUCAUAAAUUAUAGAUUAGAUAAUAUUUUUGA